GGGAAAUCCCUCAAAUAAUUCAUAUUUUGAUUUAGAUUCUAGACUAGAUUCUCAUUAGAUGUAGUUUAUAUUCUAGAAUCUAGAUAUUAUAUGUGAUCUCUGAAGUCUAGAUCUAGUUAUUAUUUGUAUCUAUCAUCAUCUCGACAUCUCUAUUUUUAUAUCUAGUUAAUCUAGAUCUAAAUCUAGUUGUCUACUCUAAGUCUAGUCUAGUUAAGUUAAGUCCAUUGCUGAUUUCAUUGGAUUUCAGGCAAGCCAAGGAAAAAGUUUGGAAAAUGGAAUCAUCUCAAAAGCAACUUGGUCCUGGCGGUGUUCCCUUGGAUGCUUGCACAUCAGAUUAUUACAGGACCAAAGAUUUACCUUACAGAUUUGAACAUCCAAAUGUAAUGAAAGGAUAUGGUCAGAAACCUCAACAUCCUAUGUACACAACUGAAGCCUCAAAAUAUGGAUCCAAGAUGCCAUCAGUCCACACUAUGCCACUUUGUUUUCAUGCCAAAUCACAAAAAUUUUCAGAUGAACUUGGUAAAUGUGGAAUGCCUCGCAACUUCUCACUGAAUACAUCAAUGGAUAAAAGUAUAAUUUAAUUGAGAAUGAAUAUUUUAUUCUGCAGCUGUGUGCAUUUUCACAUUUUUUGUUUUUGGAGUUAAGAGAGAACACAUUCAUUGUAAAAUUUCUGUAGAAAGCAAUAUGUCAAAUGUAAUUCUAUUUCUUUGUAAAAGUAUCUGAAAUGAACACUACAAAGUUUAUUGUUCACAAUUAUGAAAUGAAAUUAUUCUUGAUUUUUGUUUUAAAAUUGUAGAAAAUUACAAUUACUGGUACACUAAUAUUUUGGAACCUUUGUUUACAUAUUUUGUAUUCUAUUAUCAUUUGAUGACAUCAAAAAUGUCACUGUUGCUUUGUAAAUACAAUAGUGUAAACUUA